GGAUAAGGAGGAAGAAGAAGAAGAUUUCAAGUCGCACUGGGAAUGAUUGAAGCAAGAAAACUGUAGAGGAGGAAGAAGAAGAUGAUGUUUGCAACUUAUAAUGGCGCCUUCAACCCGUCAACCCAAAUACCUAAACCCCAUCUCUGCCGUCAUAAACCCCUACUUUCUAACCGGCUUCUGCCGCCUCUGCAUCCAAGUCGCAUCUUCUCCGCCAAUUUGCGGCGGAUACCUCGCGGCAAGCUCAAUGUCAGUCCCACCGCGCUUAGAAUCAGCGCUUAUCAUACGUCUUCUUCUUCUUCUUCUUCUUCUUCAUCCUCUUCUUCAACUCCUACGAGUUCCAAGGCAGCCAGUGAAGAAGCAGAGUCCCUAUUCGAGAACUUGAAAGAGGGUGAAAGAGAAAGGAUAAAUACUUUACAGGAGUUUGAAAGAAAGGCAAAUGUUCAAUUAGAGAGGCAGCUUGUGUUAGCUUCAGAAUGGAGCAGGAAGCUGUUAACUUUGCGUGGAAAGUUGAAAGGAACACAAUGGGAUCCUGAGAGUUCUCAUCGAAUAAGCUAUAGAGAUUUCCAGCAGUUGCUUAACUCAAAUAAUGUGCAGUUUAUGGAGUACUCAAAUUAUGGCCAGACAGUUUCUGUGAUUCUGCCAUACUACAAGGAUGAGAAAAAGGAAGAUCUAAAUGGGGAUAAAAGACAAGAACUUGUUUUCAAACGCCACAUUGUGGAGCGUAUGCCAAUUGAUUGCUGGAAAGAUGUUUGGCGGAAGUUGCAUCAACAGCUUGUAAAUGUCGAUGUGUAUAAUGUGAAAAUGCUCCCACUUGAAGUAUAUUCUACUGUUGCGGUUGUGGUUGUGUGGUCUAUGAGGCUUGCUGUUGCUGUUGCAUUGUAUAUUUGGAUUGAUAAUAGGAUGAGACCAAUUUAUACAAAGCUAAUACCGGUUGAUUUAGGGGCUCCUUUCAAGAUGAAAAAUAUUCCAAUAAACAAUCCAUCUUUGGGCUCAAUAGGAAAGAGCAGGGCAAAAUUUAUAUCAGCUGAAGAAAAAACUGGUGUUACUUUUGAUGAUUUUGCUGGUCAAGAAUAUAUUAAGAAGGAACUACAAGAGAUUGUUCAUAUUCUAAAGAAUGAGGAAGAGUUUCGAGAUAAGGGCAUUUAUUGCCCAAAAGGAGUGCUUCUCUAUGGACCUCCUGGAACUGGCAAAACACUUCUGGCAAAAGCUAUAGCUGGUGAAGCAGGACUUCCUUUUUUUGCUGCUAAUGGUACUGAUUUUGUUGAGAUGUUUGUUGGCGUGGCUGCAUCAAGAGUAAAAGACCUUUUUUCAAGUGCCAGAUCAUAUGCCCCUUCUAUUAUUUUUAUUGAUGAGAUAGAUGCAAUUGGCAGCAAACGUGGUGGACCUGAUAUCGGUGGAGGAGGUGCUGAGAGGGAGCAAGGCCUACUUCAAAUACUGACAGAAAUGGAUGGAUUCAAGGUUUCCAUGUCACAGGUAUUACUAAUUGGUGCAACGAAUCGGUUGGAUAUCCUCGAUCCUGCUCUAUUGAGGAAGGGCCGUUUUGACAAGAUUAUAAGGGUCGGCCUGCCAUCAAAGGAUGGCAGGUUGGCCAUACUGAAGGUCCAUGCUCGAAACAAAUUUUUUCGCUCUGAAGAAGAGAAGGAUACUCUACUUCAGGAAAUUGCUGAACAGACAGAAGAUUUCACUGGUGCAGAACUCCAAAAUAUUCUGAAUGAAGCUGGAAUAUUGACUACAAGGACAGAUGCAGACUACAUAGGACGAGAAGAGCUUCUUGAGGCCUUGAAGAGACAAAUGGGCACAUUUGAAACUGGCCAAGAGGAUCGUACUGAGGUCCCUGAAGAACUAAAACUGCGACUUGCAUAUCGAGAAGCUGCUGUUGCUGUUCUUGCAUGUUCCGUUCCAGAUCCACAUUGCCCCUUUACUGAGACUAAUGUCAACUCCAUUCGUAGUAAGCCUAAUAUGCGCUAUACAGAGGUGGCAGGCAGAGUAUUUAAAAAGAAAUCCGAUUAUGUGAAUGCUGUAGUGCAUGCUUGUGCUCCCAGAGUCAUUGAGGUGGAGAUGUUUGGAGUUGACAAUUUGUGCUGGAUUUCUGCAAAUGCUACUUUAGAAGCUUCUAGGCUUGCAGAACGUUUAAUUCUACAGACAGGAAUGACUGCACUUGGGAAAGCUUACUACAGAUACCAGAGAGAUCUUGUGCCAAAUUUAGCUGCUAAAGUUGAAGCUCUGAGAGAUGAAUAUAUCCGUUUUGCGAUGGAAAAAUGUGCAUCUAUACUGAAAGAAAAUCAUGUUGCUGUUGAGACCAUUACAGACAUUUUACUCGAAAAAGGAGAGAUCAAAGCUGAUGAAAUUUGGGGCAUAUACAAAGGUUGCAUUCAAGUACCUCAGCCGGCUGUAAGGCCAAUUGAUGAAUACGGAGCCCUUGUAUAUGCUGGAAGAUGGGGAAUCCAUGGUGCUUCACUACCUGGGAGGGUGACUUUUGCACCAGGAAAUGUUGGAUUCUCGACCUUCGGUGCAUCACGACCAAUGGAGACGCAGACCAUUAGUGAUGAUACAUGGAAGCUAGUAGAUGGAAUAUGGGAUAAAAGGGUUCAGGAGAUUAAAGCUGAUGCGGCUUUGGAACUUGAGGAAGAUGAAGAAAAGCCUCAAGUUCUACUAGCUGGUCAUUUCGUGUAGCACCUCAUCUUAGUUUCUGGAGAAUGAAGAGUUUGAAAUGGCGAAGAGAAGAACAAUUGUUGUACUAAUUGACAGUCUUACAGAUACUCUGCAGACACAUUAACAACUUUUCCAGACAUGAAAGGGAAAAAAAAAUGAAAUCAGCGAAGAAUGAAAGUGUAAGUGAAUGUGUUGUACGUGAUGAUCGGCUUCUCCUCUAAGGCACAUUAAUCCGUAUUAGAAAAAGUACAAUUGUGUGGUUGAUAUUAGAUUGGCAAUGUCUGAGGGUCCGUUUGGUAUACGGAAUUGGUGGAAUUGGAAUUGAAUUGGAAUUAAAAUUCCAUGGGAUUCAAUUCCAUAGAAUUGAAUUGACCAAUUCCAAUUCAUUUUUAGCACUACCAAUUCCAAAUCCACAUAAUUUUUGUGCUACCAAACAUGAGAAUUGGAAUUGAACUCUUCAAUUCCAAUUCCAUAGUUUGAAUUUCGUGUACCAAACAGAGCCUGAAGUGAUUUGAGUAGUGUUCCUAUGUUAUUUGUUCUUUUACUCCACCCGUCCUAUAAAAAGGUUCAUGUAACACCUCAACCCGUUCGGAUUCAUAGACUUUUCGAGGUUAGAUUGUCACCUCAAAAACAGUAAAGCAGUUGAACGUAU